AUGGAACCGCAGGACCAGUCAUACCAGCAGAGCCUUGCUCAGUCGCGGGUCGGUGGCGGCGGCGGUGCCUCAGUCCGCAGCAGGUCGUCCAGCGUCGUCUCGACCAGGACGGGCGUGACCAUCACCACCUUACAGGACGACACCAGGAGUGUCCGGAGCAUGGAGCUUGUCGUGGGAGGAAGAAUCUUCCACAUCAGCCGAGACGGCUCCAGGAUCACAGAGCAUCCAGGUCUUCCGCCGUACACAGCUGCGCCGCCCGAGUAUUCCUUCCCGGACACAAACAUCCUUAGCGCAAUGCAAAUGCACGAGCUGCCGGCCCCUAAUAUCCCUGACUACGACCACAUCGCAUGGCCAGAGAAUGAGCAUGACUAUCACCAGCACCCGGUAACGAGACAGCGGAUUCCGUCUGUGAGUCUGACGGAGGACAGGACGGAAGAGCGUAGUGAGACGCCUCGGCUGCAGGACAGCGAGCAUCUCGUCGCUGAGUUGCCGGGGACUCCAGUCGAGCGUGAGCGGAGAGGCUCAGGGUCUGGCUCUGGGCUGGUUUCUCGAGCUCACUCGUUCGUCCCUGGACCUGAGAAGAUCACCGUCGUAGCUAAAAGACGUUCGGUGUCGGAAAGCAACAUCCAGGCCAACCUCUACCCGAACGCUCAUCACUACAAUGGCAACAGCAGCCCUAACAACAACAACAACAACAACAACAAUAAUACCCAUUACAACAACAAUGUCCACAGACACAACUUUCUACGACGUCGCAAUGGCAUCCGUCUCCCCCAGCUGGACACAGGCAUGUCCUUUGAGUCGCUACGGAACGCCAUCUUCAGCGCAGGCCCAUCCUCAAGCCCUCGCAUGACCCAUUCCGCCGGCCCCAGCAUAGGAGGCUCCAGCGCCGACUUCCAGAAUGGAAUUACCCACAGCCGCGGCAGCUACAGCAGCAGAAACACACCGACAGGCGAACAGUCCAGCGUCUCCCGCGGCCGCUCACCACCCACAAGCCCCCAGGCCAUCCCCACAGCUACAGCUACAGCAGCAGCCAUAGCCACGGCCACCGCAACGGCAGCAGCAACAGCAACAGCAACCCGGAACCCGCUCCUAGCCAUCCCGCAGGGCCCUGCCAUGGUCGAAGAAGGCUACGCCGACACCGACGAGCCUCCAGCCAUGGACACCGAGAACGAGGUUAGCAUCCACUUCUCCCGCAUGAUCCGCAGCAUCGACCGCGAGCACCGUCGGGUUCUUCACCAGAAAUGCCGUGAGCUAGCCGACAUGCGCGAACGUCUCAACGAAGUCGACCAGGUGUACCGCAAGGAGCUGAAGAACCGUGAAUUCGUCAUCGACGAGCUGCGUCAGGCUCUCACCCGGAUGGAGUCCCAGAUGGACGAGAAGAUUGAGCGAGCACGCAACGAGGUCGAGGAUGUCUGGGAGCGCCGCUGGAAGGACCAGGAGAAGCUGUUGCUGGAUAUGCAGCGGCGGGUGAGCCAGGCGGAACUCAGCAGGAUAGUGGGACGCAGGAGAGGUGCGCCGGCCAGGGAAACGAAGUUGACUCCAGUGUCUCCAGUUUCAGCGCUGGAGGACGAUGAGGAGGUAGAGCGUUGGUAUAACUGA